CCAAGUCUCUUUUUUUAUUGACGGCAUGUAUAAUCACACGCACCUCAUAAAACAUUUAUUGAUACAUAAAGACAUUAUUGCUCUCCCUUUGAAUGAAUACAAUAAUUUCACAACUGCCGUUUCCUGCUUAACUUUAAAAAUUAAACCAACCCCAGAAAAUAUGUUUCCUCACCGAAUAUUAACAAUGGAUUCGGCGCAUUGUGAACGGAAAUGGCGUCUGUUAUUUUACAACAUGUUAUUACAUCUAUUUUACGAGGACUCCGUAAGUCUAUAAAGCAUUUUACUAGCAUUUAGGGUAUCAGGACGAUAUUAUAAGAGUUUGCUCAAACAUUAAGAUGCAAGGAAUCGGUCUUGGUGAACUGUGUGUGUGUGAGAGAGAAGGGGAAAGUGUCUUAUUCCUUUUUUGUGUGGUUGCAACAUCCUGCAGCCACAAGCUUAUGAGAAACAGGGAAAAAAAAUCGUUAGCAUUUAUUUGAGCGAUUGUUUUCUCCCUCCAGUCACAUCUGACGGGGCUUUUUAUUAUUUGUGAAAUGAAAAGCUAAAUUAAACCUGACGAGAAAAAAAAGAAGCGAGAGCAAGGGCAGGAUUGAUUUACUCGCUGUAUUGGUAAAUAUGACCACGUGAUCCAUGUAACCAAUCCCUGUAGAUGCAGGCCAGCAAAAAUACUAUGAUUGUUCAUAGAGAGAAGCUUCCCGUAACAGUGCUACCCUUAUUAUAUGAGUAGGAAGAGAUCAAAAAUGUCUUCCAGUGGCACUCUCAGUAACUGCUAUGUGGACGCUAUAAUGGGGCAGGAGCCGGAGGAUGUGUACGGUGCUCGCUUUAUUCAGGCUCCACACACGGUGACCCCGAGGCCGUCAGGUGCUGGGGACAACGCAGACUUCUCCUCUUGCAAUUUUGCACCAAAGUCCGCCGUAUUCUCGUCGUCCUGGUCCUCGGUUCACCCGCAGGGGAUUUAUCAUCCGUACGUCCACCACCAUCACCACCACCACCAAUCCCAUCUGACCGCCUCGGACGGCAGAUAUGUCGGCGUCCGCUCCUGGAUGGACCCCCUCUCCAACCACGUUUCGUUCGCCGGAUUUCACUCGAGCGGUCGGCCGUACGGGACAAAGCCCGAAGUCUUGUCGACGAAAGUCACUGAGGGCGACGCGUUGGAGACAGAAGCUCGGCCGCAGCACCACCACCAACAACAACAACAGCAGCAGCAGCAGCUCGCCGGCGAAUUCGCGUGUGGAGUAUCGGAGUGUCCAGAAAAAGCGACCAAAGAGCACAGUGGAAGUGAGCUUUCGAGCCACAGCGAGCCCAAAGAGGAGAAACAACAACAACUUGACCCAAACAACCCCGCAGCAAACUGGAUCCACGCGCGCUCAACGAGAAAGAAGCGGUGCCCGUACACAAAAUAUCAGACUUUAGAGCUGGAGAAGGAGUUCCUUUAUAACAUGUAUUUGACAAGAGACCGGCGCUAUGAGGUCGCCCGCAUACUCAGUUUAACCGAGAGACAAGUGAAGAUCUGGUUCCAGAACCGGAGGAUGAAAAUGAAGAAGAUGAACAGAGAGAGGAGCGGCAAGGAGCAGCUAUGAGUCUGCUGCUGCUGCUGCUGUUGCCACUACUUCACAUAUUCAUUUCAUGUUUGUACCAAGGAAGCCAUUUGAACAGUUACAUUUAUUUUGGUAGGAACCUCGGUAACCCCUUUUUUUCUUUUUUUUUUUUUUUUUUUUUUUUUUUUUUGAGUACAUAUUAAGUGUUUGUGUCAUUACGUUCUUGGCCAAACGAGCAUCACGUGUGCAGGAAUUAGUCUGCUAUUCUGCUUUACAAUUUUACACAAACAAACAAACUUGGGAUUAUUCAUGCAGUUUCUCAGAUUUUGUCAAGCACCCCCCUCACUCUCCCUUACACCCCCUCUUACCCUACCACCCCCUCUCUCACACAGUAAGAAACGUGCCUAUGUGUAUUGCUUUUAUAGUUGUAAAGAAUCUGAAGUUGUGUUUAUAUAUAUAUAUAUAUAUAUAUAUAUAUAUAUAUAUAUAUAUAUAUAUAUAUGAAAGCAUUUUCACAGCUGAACUGCUCUGAUUGCUGUCUGUGUCAGAACACACACGUGCAGACUGUGACUCGUUAAUUGUUGAGGGGUUUUAAUUCGCCAAAAUUAGCUGGUGCUACCUUUUUUUGUUGGGGGGGGCACAUCCUCAUUUUAAUCUGAAACGUCAAUAAAUAUAUUAAGAAUUUUCCCUUUAAUUGACAUUUUUUUCUGCUUGUUGCUGGUUAGUAUAUUGUGGGCUAUUUUUUCCGGUUUCUUUAAAUCCAAAAAGGAUUCCUUGAGGCCUUGUUUAUACAAAGUCUGCUUGACUCCAGAAUAAUGUCUUGCAGGCAAAUAAUACAAGUCAAAAUAUAACCCAACAGUCAGUUUCUAAACAGCCUAAUUUUGUUCAAUUGCAGCCAACAAAAUGAAUCUGUUUUUAAUUCUAAAGGAGGUUACAUACUGUAUGUAAAGUUUCACCCUUUUUAAAACACUGGAUUUGAAAAGUAGAACAAAAAGUAAUAAAGUGUUUACGACUGGGA